UGCGGGACCUGGGAACAGCCGCGUGGUGAUUAGAAGCAGUUCUUGAGCUCUCUCUUCAGGGGGGCAUCAAAGUAUUUCGUCAAGAUGUUGGUUUUAUUUGAGACAGCCGCUGGAUAUGCAAUCUUUAAAGUCCUCGAUGAAUCCAAGCUGCAGCAAGUGGACAGCUUGUAUAAAGAAUUUGAAACUCCUGAAAAGGCAAACAAAGUUCUCAAGUUAAAACAUUUUGAGAAGUUUCAAGACACAACAGAGGCCUUGGCAGCCGCGACUGCUCUUGUGGAGGGAAAAAUUGGCAAGAGUUUGAAGAAAGUUCUUAAAAAGAUUGUUGCCAAAGAAGCACAUGAGCAGCUGGCUAUCAGUGAUGCUAAACUGGGCGGUGUUAUCAAAGAUAAGUUGGACAUCAGUUGUGUCCACAGCCCUGCAGUGGCAGAGCUCAUGAGGUGUAUCCGAAGUCAGAUGGAGGGACUCAUCACUGGACUUCCUGCUCGAGACAUCAGUGCCAUGUCCCUUGGUUUAGCUCACAGCUUAUCUCGAUACAAGUUGAAGUUCAGUCCAGACAAAGUCGACACCAUGAUUGUUCAAGCGAUCUCUCUGUUGGAUGAUUUGGAUAAAGAGCUGAACAACUACAUCAUGCGCUGCAGGGAGUGGUAUGGCUGGCACUUCCCUGAGCUGGGGAAAAUUGUCACCGACAACUUGGCCUACUGUAAAACUGUUCGAAAAAUAGGUGAUAGAACAAACGUGGCUGGGAGUGAUUUGUCAGAGCUGUUACCUGAAGAAAUUGAAGCCGAGGUAAAACUAGCUGCAGAGAUCUCUAUGGGAACAGAGGUAUCGGAGCAGGACAUCGCCAACAUCAGUCAUCUGUGUGAUCAGGUAAUUGAGAUUACCGAAUACAGAGUGCAGCUGUACGACUAUCUAAAGAACAGGAUGAUGGCGAUAGCUCCAAAUCUGACUGUAAUGGUGGGAGAGUUGGUUGGUGCUCGUCUUAUUUCACAUGCAGGUUCUCUUCUGAAUUUGGCGAAGCACCCUGCCUCCACUGUGCAGAUCCUGGGAGCAGAGAAAGCCUUGUUCAGAGCCCUCAAAACCCGUAAAGACACACCCAAGUACGGUCUUAUCUACCAUGCGUCUCUAGUGGGCCAGACCACUGCCAAGAACAAGGGCAAGAUCUCCAGAAUGCUAGCAGCUAAAACGGCUCUAGCUAUUCGAUAUGACGCACUGGGAGAAGACACCAACGCUGAAAUGGGUGUUGAGAAUCGAGCCAAGCUGGAAGCCCGUCUCCGUCAGCUAGAAGACAAGGGAAUCAGAAGAAUCAGUGGUACAGGCAAAGCUAUGGCCAAAGCAGACAAAUAUACUAACAUAAGUGAAGUGAAAAUCUAUGAUCCGUCCGGUGAUUCCACAAUCCCGUCUACGUCAAAGAAGAGGAAGAUCGAAGAGGUAGAGGAGCCAGACGACGCUGAGCCCGCGACACCAGUGUCCAAACCCAAAAAGGCCAAGAAGGAGCUAGUCACAGAAGAAGAAACAGCAGAAGCUCCUGAGGAGACUCCCAAGAAAAAGAAAAAGAAGAAGAAAGAUAAGAAAUCGGAGGAAGCAGCUGAAGAGGCCGCUGAGGUGGAAGCGAAGGAGGAAGAGAUGGAAGUGCCACUAACAGAGUCCACAGAAAAGAAGAAAAAGAAGAAGAAAAAGAAAGUAAAGGAGGAGGAAGCAGAUGAUGAGUGAAGAUGAUGGCACAUUUGUGUAUAUAUAUUUUUUGGAUUUUUUUUUUUGUUUUUUUUAAUCCUAAUCAUCUGUCAUCAGGGCAAUACUUGAGUGGAUGAACUGUAACCUUUGUUUUUAAAUGAAAUGCUUUUUCUUUUCUGUACAUCUUAUUUUCCUGGUAAAAUAAUGGCCCUGAU